AUGGAAUGGAAAUCAGCAGUCCACAAGAAUCAGUUUAUUACGGAUAAAAUGGAUGAAGGUGAGAAAAUUUAAAUACUGGAAACAAAAUUGGGUCAAUUACGUUGCAUAAUUGUAUCGCCUACAUUACAUUUAACGCUAAGUGGCAAGUGCAUCGCUGUUUUUGCUUUCAAAAAGGCUCCCCUGAUAUCAUAUCACAAGGUUGUAAGAUGCUGAUAACAAACGCAGCUAAGUUUGUCUCCUUCUUUUGUUUUAUAUCACCCUGAUUAAAAGCUAUUGAGUAUUUACGUUUGGGUAUCUGAAAGGUGACGGGCUAUGAAGUAUGCUCCCCAGCCUUUCUUGACAGUUGGUAGCUCAACUUAUUUACCGACCACGGUACACGUGAAGUCCCAAAUCAAAAGACUUGUUUACGUCCUCUGUGGUCUAAAUUUUUUAGAGUGAAAGAAUCGACGGCCCUAAAUAGUGAGAAAAACGUUCUUCCACGAGAAUUUAGAAUACAUUUAGACAUAUUUCAUGACUUUGUCCCCAGCUAGCUUAAAAAAAAAAAACAGAAGUACAAUGCGGGAGGGAUCAGUUGCGGAUGAGUAAUUAGUAGAAUGCGUUUUAUAAGAAAGACACAAUACGACCAUCAUAAUUUUUACUUAGGCCAUGAUAGAGCAAUAUUGAUCCUAAUAUAACAUGAAAAGCUCAUAAGCUAGUCUAAACGGAAGUGAGAAUCAUAAUUCAAGAGAUUUGAUGUAGAAUGUUUUAGUUUUUAUGGCGAUUAAUUACAGCCAUGGUGAGCUGAGAAAAAACAUCGAGACUGAUAAUGAUUUUUAAGUUCUUCCUUUUUUCGUUCUUCUUUGUUACAUAAAUGAGAUCGCAUGCAGACAGCCUACAUAAAUUAAUUUACUUUUGACUCUAAUUGGUUUAAAAUACUUAACAAUUUCAGAUAUAAAAAUAUGAUACAAAAAGGACAAAAGGGAGGGGAGGUGGUCCCCAUUUGAAAACGACAAAGAUGAUUAUUGAACUUCGCCGAUUUUGGUCUGAAAAAGGGUGUUACAACUGAAAGCCAAUCAUCAGUUUAUCUUUUACAAGUAUCGCUUAGGAUAUUACGUAAAGAACUAUCUGUUCAAACUCGCGUGACUGGGUUGAAUACAGCAUUCGAUGUCAACUUUUUUAUCAACAUGAAAGUUUCUAUAGCUCUUGUGCCCUAAUUUGGUUCCACAAAAAACCUGAGACGCGCCUAGAGGCGAUUUAACCCAAAUUUUCUCACUAGCAUCCCCGGCCCUUUGUAUUCUUAUGACAGUCUCCUCUCCAUCUCAGGAGCAUGUGAUGCACUUCCCAAAGUUUUGUAGAUUGCUUAUUAAUAACCAGUUGAGAAGUCAAGGUUGAAAAUUAGGGAAUGGCAUUCUGAUACCGUAUACUGUAACACCCACUCCAAGGAAUUAUAUGAAGUGCCAUACUCUCAGGUCAAGUGAAGGCGUUACUAAUGUUUCCAAGUUCACUAAAGUUCAAGUCUAUACUUCUAUCAUUAAAAAGAAGCGAUAGUUUCUGCCAAACAUGUGGCUUGGCGCACUCGUUAUGAGUCUGCAGAUGACUAAAAGGAAUGGAUCAUACCAUUGCUUAAUUUUCGAUACGUUUUCAUCUGAAGAGCGAUCCAUGGCAGACUUCAGAUCUCUGUAUGUAAUUAUUAACGGAUUAUCAUUAUGGCAGUACAAACGUCUGGAUGCCCAGAGUAAAAACUAAAAGCUUUGGCUGAGCGGCAAAUCGUAACCAGCCGCUACAUCGACUAAAAUUUGUAGUAACAAUUGCACAAUAAUUUGCGCCAAAAAAAAACCUGGGUAAAAAGGAUUUGAUAAAAGUGUCAUAUAAAUCAGUAAAUAAAUGAACAAAUAAAUAAAUCCUACAAGCUUUAUGGACGUCUUAAUUAUAAAAUAAAAAUGUUCAUAAGUUAAAUCAUGCUUCAUAUAGCUGUCCAUUUAAUUAUGGGAACGUCUGAGGUAUGUAGAUAAAAUUUCGAUAAUGUACAAGAGUAAGUAUCUGUUAUUAUUAUUAUUAUCAUUAUUAUUAUCAUUAUUAUUGUUGUUGUUGUUAUUGUUGUUGUUGUUGUUAUGGAUACCCAGAAAAAUUUUAGUGAAUGUUUCAGAUGUUCUUUCGAAGGGUCAUACGCCAAAGGAAAUCAAAAUCAUCGUCGAUUUUUCGGACAAUCUCUCCUUGCCUCCUUGUCCAAAGCACAACCAAAUGGUUUUAAACCACUGAACACUCAUCUGCACAUUUGCUCCCUGAUCCCCCCUGGAAGGGUUGGCUUGGGCGGGGAUAGGGUAUGGGGGAAGUGCAGGAAAUUCUUCACAAUACAGCCAAAACUUGCAAAGACCUGCAGAUUUGAAAUUCUUAGUAAUUUCAACGAGGUAAGCAGCGAACUGGGUUAAAAGCCCAGUUAUUUACUGUACCCAAUACCUAACCUGACUGAACCUAUCAAGGACACCGGCCCAAUGUAGCUCAUUACCAAAGACACUCUUAGUGCCCAGAAAAUUAUUUUGAUCAAAUAGAUUUAUCCCAAACGUUUUUUAAAAGAGAAAUAUGUGGGAUCGGCCGCAAUGAUAGGCCUUCAGUCAUAAGUGGACAAAACUCUGCAAAAGAAGAUGAUCUUCAAAUUAAAAGAAUCUGCAAUAGGUGAUCCUUAAAAGCCAUAAUGGGACCGGUUGUAAUGGGACUUAGCUUGGUAAUCAUUCAAUUCGCUAACUUCAACAUUAUUUCGAUAUUUCAAGAUGCAUGCUUAAAGCAAAGUCUGACCAUUCCAGAUAAGCUUCGUGGUCGGGUAUUACGGCAGUUAGCAUGCACAGUGGGGGUGGAAUUACCAUCAUUGACCAUUUCAACACUUCACCGCAGUGAAAGAUAUCCACAGUGAUGCCUGUAUAUAAAAGCCACAAUUGCGCUAGCUAAGUGAAGAAACGUUGAGUGACAACAACCAAGAGGGAUCGAUAAUGUAAUUUUUUGUCUAAAGAGCUAUUUGUUUCUGGGAAACCUAAUUCUUUUACUGGUUCAUGGAUGUGUAGUUGGGCAUCGAAGCAUUGCUCCUUUUCUCUGUCUCUGCUCAUUGCAAGAAAAUUAUUUCCUCAACGGAAGGUAUUUUACAAAUGGUAGAGGAACACGACGAGCAAACAACUGACGUAACAGCGUUGUAGAAGCAGUUAUUCAAUUAAUUAGCAUCAGCUUUCAAGGUACAUGGCUACCGUUUUUCGCUUAAUGAAUUCCCCUUUGCAAGCUACCCUUCUGGAAAAUGCGAAAGUAUUCACUGCAUAAAUUCUGUGUUGUCAGCAACUGCUUUUUGAAUUCCUCAGAAGGUUGCUUUGUUUGAUAACACAAUGAUUGCUUUCCCAAAUUUAGACUUAAACAAAAAUGUGUGCAUCUUUAGAACAAUCUGUACGUUGUGACAGAUAGAGUACAAUGAGCCUCCUUCGGAAUCUUUAGAGCCUCUUUAGUGUUUGAAAGAGGAUGGCGAUGUUUUAGGUCGAGCAUCAGUGACUGUCAAAUUCAAGUAUGUGGAAUAUACACUUUUUCUUGCUUUCCUAAACGCUUGAUACUAAGUCGAAAGAUCAGGUGAUUUUAUAUGAUAGCUAAUGAUGUUACCACGUAUCGAAUUGUACUGAAUAAUGAAAGGUGUUUCCUUUGUUUCCGAAGCAAUCAAGGGAACUAAUCGCCUCGUGCAGAAGUCUUGUAAACGGGCUAUGAAUAACACGUUUCUUGACCACCCGGAGAGUUUGUUUGGGAUAAGCACGAGCCUUCGCCGCAUGUACAAAAAGGCUCAGUUUUGUUACUUACCUGUUCAUCAAUUCGACACAUUUCAAAGUUCGGUCGCUUUUAAUCGUCCGCGCCCUCGCAAAUUUCACGCCUACUAAACAGCUUUGGCAAAUAGCCGUGAUCGUUUUAGCAGAGCAUUCUCACGUCAUCCCAGUUUAUUAAAAAAGCGCAAGGCUUUCAAUGCUAGCGCAGGGGUCACGAAUAUUUCCUAUACAUCUUUUGUAAAAUCCUUGACGACCAAAAGGGGGGCUUGGCAGCUGGCAUGUGGUUCAUCCCAAACCACAGGAGUGCAAACUAUCCAAACCCACUGGUCUUCAACUGCAAAAAGGAAACAGCUUUUGGUACAGAAUUUGGCUUCUUUUAUGACACCGUGGAGUUGUGAUACAAUAAUUCCGGAUUGUAUUAUAAAGCUCGUUAGAUAUAGAGUCAUUCGCCAUUCACACUAACUCAGUGUAAUGGCCCAUGCACUGAUCAUUAUUCUGAUCAGAUCUGUUUUGCAUUUUAAAUGUGCAUGAGACUCUAUCGUCAAUUUUUAUCUUCCAGAAACCGCAACUGUACACAUAUAACCGAAGGUCAACUAGAAGCUUUAGAAAAUUAUGAUUUUAUCACUUUUCUUUUAACCCCAAAUUAUAAUAUGAAUAGAUCGCCAUAAGUGAUUAAUUGUGUGUUUUGACAGUCAUCUGCAUAACUUUGAAUCUUUUCUUCUCUUCACUAACAGGGCAUACUGCUUCAUAACACCGCUCGGACGGACGACAAUCACAGAAUCUGUGAUUGAUUAAGUGACGGAAAACGGAGACGCGUAGCAGAUUGAUGUUGCGCGCUUCGGGAAUACGUCGCCUAUCUUUGACCAUCGACACGAUUGGUUUACAUAGCAGAGAUUAGAUCGCAAAGACUGAGCUAAAUCUCUCUUGAUUAAGAGUGUUUAAAGCAAUAUCAACAGCUAAUAAGCCCGCAAGUCGGUCAGGAAUCAAACUCGAUGCGUUGGAGGAUGACAAGGUUUUACUUCCAUUGAGAUCGCGAGUAAUCAGUUUAGCUAUGGAACGACAGGGUUUUGUUGCUGUGACAAAUUUUCUCGCUUUAUUUAUAUUGUUUUCGAACUUUUAUCGGCGUGAUAUCAAUGCUGUGCUUGCAACUUCGUCUGCUCUGACAAACUCGUGUUAUGACGAGUAUGGAAGACCACAGAUGUGUCUGCCAGAAUUUCACAACCUGGCUUACGGCAAACGAAUCAUCGCUAGUCACUCGUGUGGCAAACCUCCUCGGGAAUUUUGUAAAUGGGAGCUACGAGGUUACACAUGUGAUGUAUGCGACUCAAGAUUUCCAAGCAAAGCUUACCCCGUCGAGUAUCUGACAGAUCUACACAACCAAAACAAUGUGACUUGCUGGCAAGCUGAUCCUAAACAAUCGAGAGGGAAUGUUUCCCUAGUACUAUCCCUUGGUAAAACCUAUGAUAUAACGUACAUUAGCCUCCAAUUCUGUGGCACAAGGCCAGACUCUAUGGCUAUUUACAAGUCGGUGGAUUUUGGUAAGAGUUGGAGACCGUAUCAAUUUUACUCUAGCUCGUGUUACAGAGUCUAUGGAACGCCAAAAAAAGCUUUCGCCAGCAAAGAAAACGAACAGGAGGCUUUAUGUACGGACGCACAUCUCAUAAGACCUCUUCAAGGAGGCAGAAUUGCCUUUAGCACCCUGGAGGGACGGCCCUCAGCGAAAGAUUUUGAAGCUAACAUCGCUCUGCAGGAGUGGGUUAGUGCAACCGACAUCAAAGUGGUCUUCGACCGUAUCAGUUCUUCAAAGACUCGAGAUACGAGUAAAUACUAUGCAGUAUCAGACCUGGCAGUUGGUGGACGCUGUCACUGCAAUGGCCAUGCAGGCAGCUGCUCUACUACUCGUGAUGGGAGGCCUGUGUGUGACUGUAAGCACCAUACGGCUGGAAAUAACUGUGAGAAAUGCAAGGCUUUUUUUAACGACAGUCCAUGGAAGCCCGCUAGCGAGACGUUUGCCAACGAAUGUGUGGGUAAGUUUACACUCUUACAAUUAUUUGUAACAGUAAUUCCUCUAUCCGCCUAAGUAAAAUCUCGAGUCAAGUUCUACAGUUUUACAGAGAGGAAUUGCGUUCGCCGUUUGAAAAAAGGAUGGACAUUAACUUUUCGAUUUAAAAUAUUUUCCUAUUUGAAUUAUCCCUUUUUAUUUUUAUUUUAUUUUUAUUCUUUUUUUUCCUGAUGUCCGGUGGUUUUGCUUCGACAAAUCACAGCGUGUAUUCCUUCCCUACUGAUAUGCACAGGGGAGGAUGUUAUUUGUUGGCGGUGUUGUUCUAUUGACAUGACCGAGAUUGUUUGGCCUCUUUUGGGCAUCCUGAAAUAACUGUCAUCGCUGCACAUUAGACUAAUUAGCGCUCAUGAUAGCACCAGAUAAACCCUAGUUCGAUUCGAAAAUAUUUCAUGCAAAAUUUAAAAAAAAAAAAAACUUUGUGGUACGAUGCGAACGUUCAUAAAUAAAAUCAAAGGGAAUUUUCCGGCCUUUUUAAACGUUAUUAGCGCUUUGGCAAAAAAAAAAAUUGUCGGCUUUCUUUGGGGAGACAAAGGAUCAAUAGAGGGCCCAGAAUGUCUGAUGUCAAGUUAGUGGACAAUAAAUGAGGUGUUACCCAUCUAAAGACUGCUAUUUUCUCUGAACAUUAACAAGCGCCUAUUGUGUGAAAAAUUGCUGUACAAUUAAGGCACGCUAAACAGGGUACUGGGGUACGCUAGGGUUUGACACGGAGUCCAAUAGACCAUAAAAGUUCUUAUCAAACCAAGGGUAGUUCCAACACUGUUCUACGGUUUUUAAGAGAAGAUCGUGAAAUUCUAACCACCAGUAAGGUUAUACUUCAUUUAUCCUUCGGCUGUAUCAAUGACGUGGUUUGAUUUUGUUUGAUCCGUCUCUGAGCUAAUAUUUUUGCUUAAUAAUUAAUUAUGGAAGUUAAUGAUACCCAAUACUCAUGGUACAUAAAGUAUUUGAACACAAAUGGAGUAUAAUCGAGACAUACAUGGUAUGUACAAAUAACACCGUUUAGAAGGUCAAUAAACUUUUAAAGGCCAUUGCUACUUCCUGUAUCAAUCAAAUUCUGUUUCGCUUAGCCGUUCAUCAUACUAAUACUUUCUCAAUAGAUUACUUUUACAAGGGCCAUUCAGUUCAAACAAGAUUAAAAGACACGCUUGCAGAAACAUGCCAAAUUCCCAACUUUUGUUAAACUCAAUCUGUUUUAUUAAACGCAACUACAAAGGGCUUGGAAGUGUUUUAAUCAGAGUCGUGAUUUUAAACGCGUCUGGCUGGCGACAUGGAAAUCAAUUCAUCACCUCAAACAAAACAAGUUGAAUGCUUCAAGGAACUCAGUAGUUAUUGCCAAGCAAAGCUUACGUUUUCUUUACUGAGGUUAAGACUCCCCUGAGCCUACGGUGAAAAAUUCUUUCCAAUUUUACGCAUGAUAAGAGAAGCUAUAUGACCGAUUAACUGUAGAGCUACUAUUAUUUUUAGAAAGCAAAAGUAAUCGAAUGAGGUGAAAUUGCAAAAAACAAUUUUCUAAUAUCAGUUUUGUUAACCUUAGGAGAGAUUAGAAGUUUCUGGGAAGAAGGAAACUAAAAAGAAUCUGGCUGAUAUAUACCGGGAAACGGUGCAUAACAACUGUCCUACAGCCGGAACCUAACCUGUGAUUAUAGGGAUAGAGAGAGGGCAUGAAAAAAGGCGUUUUAGACACUAUAGUCACAUAUAUAUCUAGCCUGAGUAUCAGGCCUUCCUAAGGGGCUAGGGGAGAGGAGAUUUUAGGUAAUAUAUAUCUAUCUUCAAUUGAUAUGCACAGUUUCAGUCAACGAGUUAACCUGUUUGCGUUUUUCUUCUGUUCGGUAUCUUGUGUUUUUUCUAAGUCCUGUUGAUAGCCGUAGCUGUUGAUGCUAAUGCAAUAAUUUAUGGCAGGAUAGAGAAAUGUCUACGUGCUUCAAAUUUUCACACUUUAAGGGACGAUUCGUGCAGAUUGUACUUGAAUCAAUAAAUGCAAUUUUAGAGAGCAAGAUUUUUAAGCAGAACGAAAAAGCUAAGUUAUCCAAAAUAAAAGAAAAAAUUUGAUAACUAUUUUUUCCAAGCCAUUCGCAUUUUAUAAAAAUAAUAAUUAUCAUUUAUGGGCAAUGACACUUGACGAGAAAAAUCUUUGCGAGUCUCUCAGAGGUCCAAGUUGCUCCCUACGUUUCGAAGAAUUGUUCAUGCGCAGUAAUCGUAUACAUUACGAUGGUAUACAAAUCCGUCGAAAACCAAAAGUUCAGUUUUAUGUACAAAUGCUGCUGGUCAAAAAAAUCUAACUUUUUGUUUUUGGGCUCACGAGGUGGUCUUUUCAUGCAAGAGUCACAGUUUAGUGCAUAAAAACCUUCUAAGAGUUGCGUAUCCCGCACGUACUGGAUAUUUGUUUGCUUAAAAGUUAAGCUGUCCUUUAAAGCUUAAAGUUUCUACAAAACUAAUGACUUAACAGUUUCGCAGUGAAAACUAGCUGUAAAAUGACUGAGUCCUUUCCUCAAACGUCAUACGGUCCUCCCUUAAAGCUACAGAUUUGCGGAAAUCUCUGCAAGGUCCAAGGUUAUUGUUUUAAGUUAAUUAUAAUUACCUAAACGGGAGUUUCGCUUUUGGCCUUGGCUAAAUCUAUGUAUAAUCUGCAUGAGCGGGCUGGCGGUCACAGUAUAUUCCGAGGGUGAAAACAAGGAACAGACGGCGAUGUUUCCUGCAGGUUUUGCUAGUAAUCUUUGCUUGAUAUCGCGCUGACGAAUUGCAACAAUAGUUGAGGUUAGAGAGAUUAAAACCGGAACCAAUAAGUGCUAAAAAAAACCGCAAUGGCCAGAAUUUCUUAUAUUAAAUGAUAAGAAAUUUCCGCUUGUUUUCUAAUUUUUCCAAAACAGAGCGAUUAUCUACAAAAAAGUCUGACUUUGAUUUAUUGAUCAUAGCGCGGCUAUGUCCCAUCAAACCGAGAAAUCAGUGUACGAAGUCUAAAAUGAAAAAGUCUUUAAGAAUAUUGCAAAAAAUUAACUUUAUGACAACUAAUGUUAUGUACGUUAAGUUACUUAAAGCUCGUUUUCCGCUCGUUUCGUAUCUUAAAAGAAUCCACAGUGAAUGCCAAAUUCGCUGCCAAAGUUUCGCUCUCAGAACCAAUAUCAGUCCAAAUAGAUUUUAGCUCAAAUAUUCACAUUUUUCUCCUCACUUUUAAGGAAAAAAAUUUAGUCGAAGACCUAUGUCAUGCAAAACUGACCAUCGGAUUACGCAAUGUGGUUCAUCGUCUCUCAAAUUGGAACGGAGCAUUUUAGUCUUCAAAAAGUAAUGAUUUAACAUGUUUUUUUCUGGUCAGGUAAGUUUACAAAGGAUGGGAAGAUUGCAAAGUCGCAACUCAUUUUACAAUUUUCGUAAAUAUUCGAAACAGCGACUACGGUUCACUUGGCAGCAUCUGACUGUGCGUGUUGUAAUGUACUAAUUAGUAAAAGUUUUGUGAGCGUACGUUGUUUGUGGUGCAUCCGGGGUUUAUUUCCGCAACUUUGACAAGUGUUGACCAACUUCAAUAGUUGCGUCACGUAUGCGGCUCUUCUAAAAAAUCCUUCAUUCAAUAAAAUCCCAGCAUGAUAAAUUAGCGUUUCCCAACAUCAAUGUACCCGGCAAACUGUAAUAAACCGCCAACCGAACCGAACAAUGUUGCGCCCAAUUCUGACUUUGUACUCUCUUGUUUAGCGUAGUCAAGAGUCUGCGAAAGUGCUGUCAUUAAAACAGUAAACUUCAUUUUAAUUGCGAGAAGCAGCUUGUUUGCGUUUCUCUUCUUUAAGGCUUUUCUUAAGUUUAAGAUUUAUGGCAUUUGUCAAAUCCAGAAUAUUUACUGAAAAGAGUGACGCAUACGUGGCGAAAUAGACGAGCGCUAAUAAGACUGUAUAAUUAAUGAGGUGUUACAUCUAGCAGCGAAUUUAUAACAAACAUUGUCUUGGUUAAGAUCAUAAAUCAUGACAAUUAUUGAAGACACCAGGUAAAGCAAAAGUACUAGCUUGUUGCUCAUCCUCGUCCCCAGGGCUUUUCCCUUAAAAAAUGGGUGGGGCGGGAAAAGGCCCUGGCAUCGGCUGGUCACGUGUACAGCCUAAAUAUUCCUGAGAAGCUAAUUUAUAUGCAACCCGCUGGUUUUGCGCUGACAGAAGUCGAACGGAGCAACAAUGGAAAAUAAUAAUAUCGCGAACUGUAUGUCAAUAUUUUCGCGUCUGUGCGAUUCAAAAGCUUAAGAUCCAUUUAAUUGCGUAUUAUUCAAAUGCUAAAAGUUUAUGAAACGGCGUACCGGCUCUACGUUGUCACGUACAAAAUAUGUCAAAUGCUUCAGAGUUGAGACAAGCUGUUAUCGAGUAGUACUUCGACUGAAAUUCAUCGCGACUGUGGAAUUACUAUACGAUCAUCAAGCGGAAAGGGAUUUUGUCCAAUGUCAAACAAAAAUGCGGGCCUUUGCCUCUAGGAUCUGCAGUGAAUUUAAACAAAUUGGACUUAAUUGAAAUAGAAUUGUUCAUCAAAAUGCUUUAUGGAAUCUGGUCUUCUAACCCGACCAUGAAACAAACAAAUCUCCGCGCCGGAUGCAAGUCAGCCCUCCAGCCAGGAACGAUGACAGGUCGCCGAUCUGAAACAUUUGAAGAUCUCUUAUAUAUUUUCUCUUCCGAGGAUAAGUACAAAGGAUUUUCCUUAUAUUAAAGGGAAGAUUGACCGAUCGAUUGGAAUCAAUUACAGCUAUGUCAAUUUUAAAUGGACCCAAGUCUUUCUUUGUUACCAGUCGUUUGAUACCCUGGGUGCCAGAGACUAUUCAUGCGCGGUUUCCGGUUUCGGUCAAGUCUUGCAGAGGUCAAUGAAUUUUUUUAAAAUACAGUCAUACAAGAUAAGUCUAAACCAACGCGUAUCGCUAUGAUGAUAUGGCUGAGAGUUAAGGUGAAUGGAACUAGGUUGUGUAUGGCGGUCUACUUCGCAAGAAAUAAAAUAAAAUAUCAAAAGAAGUCGCGAAAACGAACUUUUCCGGUACAAACUUUAUGCAUGUACGAUAGCUUGUUUGUCAUUUAUAUCGCUCUAUAAAGAAGUUUUACAAAUGUUACCGCUCGACGUCCCCUUCACAGAAAUCGGAGGAAAGCAAAAAAUUACCAUAGCCAGUAUCUGUGACAAAAAAGAAACCUUGUAAAACUUUUCGUUAAUCGUCAAGAGAUAUAAAAGGCCGCCCAAGAUCGCGCGCUGUGAGGUUACGCAUAAUUUUAGAUUUUCACAUAGCGCUAAUUUAUUACACCCUGGUUUUUAGGGUGUACGAAGGGACACGUGACCAGCCGAUGCCAGGGCCUUUUCCCGCCCCACCCAUUUUUUAAGGGAAAAGCCCUGGGGACGAGGUUGCUUGUUGCUGGCGUAUUUGAUCGUAUAUGAUUCCACCAUAGUAUGUGUUAAAGGAUAAGACAAGCACAAAUCUGCUAAAGGAGCCUCCCUGAUGAUCUAACCUUCCCGGCCUGCGUUCCUCCCUUUCCCCUUUCGAACUUUUAAGUCUCACCCUUCCCUUUUCUUUUUUACGCCUGCGCCAAACAGACUGUUGAUGAUCCGGUCUCCUUCGCAGCCGCUUGGGCUGGAGUCCCGCAAUGCUUCCCGCCCCCGCGCCAUGCAUAUGACCGUUCGUGCAUGCGUAGCUAGCCGGAUAACGAGCGAGUUCACAUCAGCUUGCGAGCCAUGUAUAUCCCCCCACUACGCAUGGGCUAUAGUAUUCACUUCAACAACUGAACUGACGAUAUGUUGACUGUUACGUGAAAAUUCAUGUAUGUAAGGAGGAUUUGAACAAAUUAUAGCUGAUUUAAAAACACAAGUCACUACAACCUCGUUCCCAGGGUUCUCUACUACCUACCUGGGAACGAGGUUGAACUCACAAGUCAGCAAGUCAAAGCGACGGAUCACAAUUAGUUAAAAACUUUCAGUUAGCAUAGAAUGGUUUCUAUCCAGUGGUGUCCCCUUGUUUGUAAUUGACUGGUAGUUCUCCAUCUCUCACCCUCGUUUUAGAGCCUUCAGGGCGAAGUUACUUUAACAAUCAAUCAGCCUCAGAUUGAUAACCCGUUCGUGCUGCUUUUCAAACUCUAGUAGUAUCUUAGCCCGCAAGCAAACUCUCCAUUUCAAGUAACGAGUGAAUCGAAAUGGGAGAGAACGUGCGAACAAGUUGCAAAGCCCAUAAUGAUCCGGCUGACCUGGGACCAAGCUCCGCAGUGGGGAAAACGGAAAAAACGGAUACUGCUAGGUUCGCUUCGCUCGCCGAUUUCUCUCAGUUCGCUUUUUCCCUCGAGAGAGCCUGGUCCCAGGCUAAUAAGGAUCCUUCAAAUGGUAAUCUUAAACGCAGGCUAGCAGUAUCUGACUCUGAUAAGUAAUAAGAUCAGUAGAGGGCCCAGGAGCGAAUUUGAGUCCAUGCAGGGACAAAACAUUCUAAAUUCUACCACCAACAAAAAAAGGUUUCAAAUUUGGUCCGCGAGUCCUGUUACAUUAGACGCCCUAACAACGCCCUAAGGCCCUAAGUUGCAGCUUCAAAAGCAGAAGAGAAAUUCCCUUCGAUUAAACCGCUUUAUACGAAGUCUACUCUGAUCUUAUCAUUUUCUUUUUCUUUUUGCCUCAGCUUGUAACUGUAAUUUGCACGCCAGUGCAUGCCUGUUCAACAUGGAGCUGUAUAAACUGUCUGGAGGCCAUAGUGGUGGGGUCUGUAUCCACUGUAGACACAAUACAGCGGGAAGAUACUGCCAUUACUGCAAAGAAGGCUUCUACAAGGACCCUACCAAGGAUAUCACACAUCGUAGAAUGUGCAGACGUAAGUCACUAUUUCUACAUGAAAGCUUCAAUGAGAUAAAGCCAAGCGCCCGUAUUAUAGUUAAUUUUUUAUUUCAGGUAAUUUUUUUCUUUUGUUUUUGGGAUGGUAAUGUAUGCUAAUGAAGUUGAAAGAAAAAUAUAUAUAUAAAUUACCUAAAAAAAAAAUUAACUACAACAUAUCCAUUUAUCACGGGUUUUAUCACAUCAUACAACCAAUAGUAUUUGGACAAGUCAAUUUCCACUCCAAAGGAUUCCCAGCGGAAGUAUCUCAGAGUACACUAUAUUACUCGUCCCGUAGCGGCUGUAAUUUAAGUAACGAACCAUAAUCAGUGCGAAAUGAUAAAACAAUAUUCCUGAACAUUUACACUUAAAAUAGAAAACAAGUACUUAACAAGCCGAACAUAGAGAAUGCCAGAAAAGAAUCAACAGAGACGAGCACAAUAGAGGGAGGCGUUUCCGCAUUCAACGUUCAGUGUGUACUAGGAAAGCACUGCAGAAUAAAGAGGAGCAGAGUUAUUACAUUUCUGUCCCAAAAGGCGUCUAAUUAAUGUCUUUUAACUGAUGCCACUAUCUUGACUGUCUCCAUUAACACUGAUUAGGGAAUUAAACUAAUCCGCUAAUAAGAUCGAUGGCACGAAAUAAAAAUUAGGACGAUGUGAUCAAAUGACGGAAGACAUGUAAUUACUUCUUCGCAUGUUGCGUCGUUCAAACACAAACAGGGUCUCCUGAUCGUUCUUAAUUCAUAAAGGGUUGUCGUGUCUUUAUUCUGCAAUACACUGCGACCUUAUUCAGCUUGUUGUCUUUAAGCCCUCUAAAUGUUAAAUGAAACAACAGCCAAUAUAAGAUACUUUGUUCAAAUUAUUAAUGGUAGCACCUUAAAACUUAUCGCACGUUGUUAUCGUUGUUAUUCAAGUACUCAAGGUGUUGGUCAUUAUAUUUCCAUUCCAAAUAACCCUAAUGGCGAAAGAGAGUAUGAUGUCAGGUCACAUAAACAGAUUAUAAAAUUUGUAAAUCCAGUAAUUGUUUUUAUAGCCAAUUGGCAGAAGAGACCUUAGAUUUUGGAGGCGUUAAAGUCCACUUAAAUUUAAAAUUUGGGGUCAAUACGUGAUAACCUUUAAUGAGAUCAAAGAGAGUAGUAGUUGCCAUUUCAUGCCAAUAAGAAGUGUUUGUUAUAUUCAAAACUAGUUUAGUUUGAGGAAUUCUUGUGUGGGGGGGAGGGGGACGGGGGAGGGGGGAGGGAGGGUGGCGGAGGAAAGGGAGGCUCCGCCCCGCAGUCCAACCCCUUACCCUUUUAAAUGCCAUUUUUGACAGCAAAGAUACCCCUUUCGUAUACCUUCUAUUGUCAAAAGGUACCCCUUUCACAUACCUUGUUUAGAACUUUGCAUCCCUUUUAACUGAUGUAAAUGCACUGUCUUAACAAUAUGAAUAUAUCACAAAACCAGAACGUUUUCUCGACUUUUUCACAGCCAUGAAAUGUAUCUGUUAGCCCCUUUUGGGCCUUUUUACAAACCGAAAUGACAGAUUUUCCUACCCUUCCAUAUAAUUCAGCUAGUGAAAUCACUACCCUUUUAUGAAGCCUGAAAAAGUUAAAAGUUACCCCUUGCGGGCGGAGUCACCCCGUAUAGACCAUUAUAGGGAUUUUCCUCCUGGGGGCAGAAUUAGUAUUCUUGUCCAUCAUCAAGUGCAGGAUUCAGUCUCAAACUAAAGACAAUUCUAAUAAAGGCUUGACUUGGACCGAAUUAAAAGUACAUCUCUCUUAUCUUUUUAGCAUGUAACUGCCACCCGCAAGGAUCCAUGGGUAGGGUGUGUGACCAAAUCACGGGACAGUGUCCAUGUAAGGAAGGCGUGACUCGAAGAGCUUGUGACAAGUGCGCCGCUGACUACGAAACCACAAAGAAUCCUAUAGUCCCCUGUAUAAGUAAGUAUUUACUUUUCUAGGCUUGACCGAAGUAUGACGUAAUAAUUAUUUGUUUUUCCAACGACAAACUGCAUGCUCAGGGAACAAUCUACGAAUCCAAAGAACUUACUACCAAAUUAAUUUAUGUGCCUGAUUAGGUCUACAUUGAAAAUCAACAGGCAGAAAAGAGUCCAACUGGCUCACGUGGUAUUUUUGCUUAAUUCUCUUUCCAGAAACACCCAAUUCAGUGAUGUCCAUACAGCCCAAGGAUUCAGGUAAGCUCAUUUACGAUAGCCGAACAUCACCUGUAGGUGACUGAACAACGUUUCACUGAGCAAAAUACUAGCUUUUUGAGAACAAAAAAAAACGAAAAGUUAUGUUGGCUUUUGAAUCUUCAUCUCAAGUAAAGAGAUGACUUCAACUCAGUAAUAAGAAAGAUACAGACAUCGAUACAGACACAAGUUCAAAAAAAGUGAACCUUGACAUACAGUGCUGAUUACAACUCAAUAAUGAGAAAUAGGGAUUAGAAUAUAUAAGCUCCUUUGAACGCUAAUACCGCUCCCUAAAUACCGUUACUAUGCAUGGUAACUUGUCAAAAAAUGCCAAUAACGUGUUAAGCAUGCUUUCAAUUGCUGUUACGCCAACUAGAAUGGACUAGUAGUUGUGAUAGUAGUAUUGAUGUAACAAAGGAGAAUUGCUGAAAAAAGCUGAAAACUGUUGCCAGCCUUUAAAAAGAGGACGCAGCCGAAAGGCAAGGUCUGCAAUGCGUCACAGAGGCAGAUAAAUCAGACACAAAACACCAACCUUCAAUAUAAAGCUCCCUUGUCACUAGACUGGAAGAAAAGUCAUUUUUAGCUGUGUCCCCUUAAAUUCACUUUAACUACGCUUUGGUUCCUACCUGGUGACCUUUAACCAUGUGUCCAAGUUAAUAAUCUAAUAUUCUUUCUUUCUCACUGCAGCAUGUUCCCAGUGCAAGAAAGUUGGGAUGUCAGGAAAGAAAUUUUGUCGCAAAGAUUUCGGUAAGAGGAGUUUCCAUAAAUUUGCGCUUAAGUUCACCUUUGAAACGAAAAUUUGUUGUAGAAUCCGCCUCAAUCUGUUAUUGUUUGUUUCUCCCUGGACGAUUUUUUUAAUCUACUUCCUUUCCGUUUUCAAUUCAGCUAUGAAAGUAGCAGUUCUUGGCUUGGAUAAAACAACAGAAGGGGAAUGGGUUCGAGUAACCGUAAACGUCAUGACUCGAUUCAAGAGGUCAUUGGUUCGUGUAAGGCUUGGAAAUGAAUUCCUCUGGAUCCCACGCCGUGACUACAAAUGCAAAUGCCCCAAACUGCGACCGGGCCGCCAUUACUUGAUUGCGGGCUCAGUCAGAUCAACUCGACGAAAAAAGUCCCUUGUGGUGGACCACCGUAGCAUGGUGGUCUCGUGGAAUGCAAGUAUAAACAGAAAGUUGGAGAGAAUUAAGAAAAAAUGUAGGAAAAAGAGUCAGUGAAGCGUUAUAGUUAACCCAAGCAACAAUUGUAGCCUUAUCCUUCACGAGAACAAAGUUAAACAAGCCACACCGCCCUUCGGGGCAAAGGGUGCAGGAAAUACUUUACGAGCGUGCAAACGCUGCAUAAAUAGAACCUUGGCGUAUGAUUUGUGGUACGCUCAUGUCUGGUGUAGUCUGAAUUCGACUAAUACUAGAACUUCCGAAACGUACAACCUCGUACUGAGAGAAA